GGUCGAAUAAGCAGCAGUGUCUUCCAUUUAUAUAAAAGUGCUCAGCCAGGACAGUCUGGCCAACCAUAGUGCAUCGAGUUUUCUGACGUAAAGCAUUGCCGCUGAGCUUCGUUUACAGUGUACUGUGUUAUAUUAUCGUGAAUUAACCUUGACUUGCGAAACGCGCGUGUAAAGUAUUACGUAGUGCAGGAAAAGACGCGGUGAACAAGGGGCUCCGGAAUUCAGUGGAACAUCGCAAGUGUUGUCAAUUUACGCUCAUAGCACCAAUACUGAAUGUGUUGUAUUGCGGUUGUGCAGCGUGUGAUUUCGCAGUAAUUCGUACCACUUAUCCACAAACUGAAAGACACAUACAAGCGUUAUACACCUGGUGAAUCGUACUACCAAUAUUGAAUCUACAAACAGUCGAAAAGCGUAACAUUGAAACACGAUGGGACUGCUGAGCGAAGGAAGUCCGCUAAGCUGGGAGGAAACGAAAGCCUUGGCGCAACAUGUACGCGAACAUGGCAUCGAACAGUUUAUCAAUUUGUACGCCCGGCUCAAGGAUCGGCAGGGCGAUGUGCUCAAGUGGGGCGAUGAGGUGGAAUAUAUCAUCGUGCGGUUCGAUGAUGAGAAAAAGGAAACGCAGGUGUCCCUGCGGGCCCGUGAAAUGCUGGCCGUGCUAAACGAGAAGGAACACGCUGAUCCGACAGGUGUUAAAUCGCUCUGGCGACCGGAGUACGGUGCGUACAUGAUUGAAGGUACACCCGGCAAACCCUAUGGCGGCCUGCUAGCGCACUUCAACGUGGUAGAGGCCAACAUGCGCUACCGUCGUUUGGAAGUGGCUGAACUUUUGCCACCAGGUGAACACGUUAUGUCGAUCACCAACUUCCCUCGAUUGGGAGCCCUCAAUUUCACCUAUCCGCCCGCAAAGCCAACACCCGAGGAUGAAUCCUGCGCUGCACGGUCGCUCUUCUUCCCUGAUGAGGCCAUAUAUCCGGGGCAUCCACGCUUCAAGACUCUAACACGCAACAUCCGUCAGCGACGGGGUGAAAAGGUUUCCAUCAAUCUACCUGUAUUUAAGGAUAAGAAUACAGUGAUUCCUGUCGAAGGUAGUCUACCAGACAAACCCGAUUACGUUCACAUGGACGCUAUGGGCUUCGGUAUGGGCUGUUGCUGUUUGCAGUUGACGUUCCAAGCCUGCAACAUCGCCGAAGCACGAACGUUGUAUGAUCAGCUUACUCCGAUGUGUCCGAUCAUGCUUGCCUUAACUGCCGCCAGUCCAGCAUAUCGAGGAUACCUGACUGACGUUGACUGUCGUUGGAAUGUCAUCUCUGCUUCAGUGGACUGUCGAACCAAGGAGGAAAAAGGAGAAGUUCCACUCAAGAAUGAUCGUUUCCGCAUCUACAAAUCUCGCUACGAUUCCAUUGAUUCCUAUCUCUCUCCGGCUGGUGAAAAGUACAACGAUAUGCCUCUAGUAUUGGAUGAAAAAUUGUAUAACAGACUUCGCGAGGGUGACAUCGAUCAUCUUUUGGCGCAGCACAUUGCUCAUCUGUUCAUUCGCGACUCGGUGUCUCUAUUCAGCGAGAAAGUCCAUCAGAAUGAUAAGGAAGAUACCGACCAUUUCGAGAACAUUCAAUCGACCAACUGGCAAACGAUGCGCUUUAAACCUCCGCCACCGAACUCCUCAAUCGGAUGGCGUGUGGAGUUCCGACCAUGUGAAGCUCAGCUGACCGAUUUUGAAAAUGCAGCCAUCGUUUGCUUCAUAGUUUUACUUACUAGAGUGAUCUUGUCGUACCAGCUGGAUUUCCUGAUCCCAAUUAGCAAGGUGGACGAAAAUAUGCAAAACUCGCAAAAACGUGGAGCCGUGUUGACGGAGAAAUUCUGGUUUAAGAAAAAUAUCACUGGAUCCACUGUUGCUAAUGGUACUGGUCAGGUUAACCAAGAAGUUAAUAAUCACCACCCGGAGCAAGACACAACUGAUAACGAUGAAAUGAGUGAGGAGUAUGAAUUAAUGACUAUCGAUCAGAUCAUCAGCGGCAAGGGACAAUUUCCGGGGCUGGUACCUCUGAUCAACAGCUAUUUAGGAUCAAUGGAUGUGGAUGCUGAUACGCACUGCACUAUUCAACAAUAUCUCAGGUUGAUUCAAAAGCGAGCAUCCGGUGAGCUUUUAACGACAGCAUCCUGGAUACGGAAGGAAAUAACCGGCCAUGAAGAGUACAAGCAAGAUUCGGUGGUCAGCGAACGCAUCUGUUACGACUUGCUGAAGAAAGCUAAGGACAUUCAGGAUGGCAUCCGGCCCUGCCCGGAGCUGCUAGGAAGCAACAUCAAUUCGAAGACUACCGACAACAUUCCGCCAGCGAUCGAGAAACAUCUAACCAAACGAUGCUAAAACACGAGCGAACCACUUCUGUCCAAACAUUGUCUAUAAUCUCGGAACACUAAAUAGCACAUAGAGGAGUUUCAAUGCAUUUAAUCCAGUCUGGUGUAUUAAUGUUCCAAAUGGAAUCCAUGUUUAUGGUAGAGACUAUGAUGGCGAAGAAGUGUUCUUACUAUGCGGGUGAAAAUGUCUUUGUUAUUGAUUGGUUCAAACGGUUUGGUAGAAAUUAUAGUAAAAGAACAGAGAACAAACAGGUUCAAGGACUGCGUCUAUAUAUGGUUUUUAUUAGUUUUAAAAUAUGAAAAUUAUGUGUAGUAGUCGAACGUAUACUUAAAUUUUUGAACAAUUUUGUACUUUUACUACAGAGUUAGUGAGGAUUUUCAUUAGUUAUUAGGUAUUAGUUCCGAGAUAAAGUUAUAUUAUGUUACAUGUUACACUUUUUAAAUUCGUAAUGAGGGAAGUCUUCAGUAUGAGUCUUUGGCAUUUAGAUUUCCAUUAUAAUUUACCUAGCAGGUGACAUCUUUGCGGUAUUAUGAGAGAAGUACACUGAGACAAAUUUACAUAAAGAAUUUAAACGCCUUAUGAAAAUUUGCCAUAUGAAAUCGAUUUGAAUUUCUGUUGUCUGCCUUUUGAAUCAUAUUUCCUUAAUGUUAAAAAGAGACGUGCACACUAUCCACGUUUAAAUCUUUCAGGGGACUAAAAAGUGGAAAUCAUUCCACGAAUUGUAUGGCGUUACUUAUGAAGUUCGAUAGUUGAGCUGAAUAAGUGUAAAAAUAUAGUAAUAACAAAUACUUUACACAUACCAACCUGCACAAAAAAAUAAGUGUUAUUUGUGUACUCUACAAUCAACGAAUAAACCAACACUGAUAUCUCACCCCUCA